CUACGUAACAGUGUAUACUAGAUGUAAAAGGUUAUCGCUAGCCUUGGUCGACCUUGUCAUUGACUGGAAUAAUCUUUGCACCAAGAAGAAUUAUUCUAACGAGGUUUUUUUUCCUAGUGACAUUGAUACUUGACAAGGAGAAUGGAGAUCGUGGAGGAUUUCCCCAGGGACACAGGCUGGUCCUGGGUCGUUUUGUUGGCCUCAAUGACCACAUGUUUCCUGGAAAUGGGUACCUACAAAUGUUUUGGUAUUUACAUGAACGCGUAUCUGGAGGAAUUCAACACGUCAGUUACAGUUGUGUCAUUAAUCUCAGGAAUCUUCUCAAUUUCAUUUUGCAUAGCAGUUCUGCCGGUGACGGUUUUUGGAACAGAACGGUUCAGCUGUCGGACAAUGGUCAUCUACGGGGGCUGCGCCCUUUUUGUCGGGUAUAUCUUGAGCAGUAUUGCCCCUAGUAUUGAACUCGUGAUGCUGGCUCAAGGGGUUUUAGCAGCAAGUGGAUCGGCCUCUAUACAUCCACCAACUUUAAUCAUCCUAGGAAGAUAUUAUGAUAAAAGAAGAGGAUUUGCGAAUGGCUUAGCAGUAGCAGCCGGAAGUCUAGGAGGGAUGGUCACGCCAAUUGUGUUCACCAAGUUAAUGGAGGAAUAUUCCGUCAGGGGCGCUCUUCUCAUUCAGGCAGCUUUACUGUUUAACAUCGUGGCUGCUGCAUCCUUGUUCCGACCAACAGAACUCACCGCCAAGCUGUACCAGUGUGAACAGCAGAAAAAGGAACGAAAAGAGCAACGCGAAUUACUGAAACCACACAACAUUGAUGAUAAGGCUUCAAAUGGAAGUCUACUAGUGAAAGAAGUCCAAAAUGGCAUUGGCUACAUUGGCAAGGAGGAAAACGGACCUUUAGUUCCAAAUCAUAUACAUUCAGUCGAACAUAUUUCUGUAAGAGAAAUUCAUACUCCACGUUUAUCGUAUCUGAGAAAACCAAUGGAACAUCAUCAUAGUACAUCCACUGUGUCUCAAUUUAGCAGUAUCCAUAGUAUCAUGUCGCCAUCUAUAGCAGACCUCCAUUUAGCAUCAACAACAACACAAACAGAAUACGAAUCUGAUGAAAAAUGCUCGUGUAUGAAUACUUUUUUGAAAAUAAUGGAUGUUAGGAUGUUAAAGAAUAAGCUUGUAUCUUUGUUUACCGUUGUCUUCUGUGUGGGCUCUAUAGGAACCUGUCUUGGGGUCAUAUUUGUUGCCCCAUUAGCCCGGGAUCAGAAUCUCACAAAGGACGAAAUAGCAAUAACCACGGCUUUAGUCAGUGGAUCUGAAUUUGUAUUUCGGAUUUUCCUCGGAAUAUUUGCGGAUAUGAAUGUAGUUGAGAGAUACCGUAUUGUUCAAAUCUCUCUCUUUGGGACCGGUGCUGUUUUACUGUCUUCUGUUCUGAUUACGUCUUUCUGGCAGUUUACGAUCUUUAGUAUACUGUACGGGUUGUUUAGCGGACCCUUGAUCUCCAUGUAUGCACCUGUCUGUAUAGAUUUUGUAGGAUUAGAGAAGUUUCAUCGAGUGAUAGGAAUUUUGAUGUCCUUUCAAGGAAUUUCUCUCGGGGUGUUUGGACCCACAGUAGGUAUAAUGAGAGACUCUUUCGGUUCCUAUGUCCCAGCAUUCCAAAUGAUGGCAGCGCUCACAAUUUUUGGAGGGCUUCUUCUGUUCUUUGUUCCAUGUUUGCGCAAGCAAGAAACCUUACCAGAUGUUGUGGUUAACAAAGAUGAACUGAUACUCGAAAACAGUACUAAAGAAUAGGAUUCCGUGUUGUAAAACACGAAAAACGAUAUAUGUUGAUUUCUUUUUCUUUUAAGUACUUCAAUUUGUGUUCUUGCAAAAUACGUGUACAUUAUUUCAUGUUAAUUCUAUAUUUCUUUCUGAAUAAUGGAUUAUAAAAGCAAGUUCAAACAAAUUCAACGCUAUUACUCUGAAAAAAAUUCCUCUGAUAAUGAUACCUGUGUUUGACCAUGAAUUGGCACAAAUAAUUUUGUCGUGAAAUUUGAACAUAUCUUGACCGACACUAUUCACGACAAAUUCACGUGAGCCACUCAGAUCAUCCUGUCGUUUAUAUGAAAGGGGGUCAGACACCGUACUGGUAAACAUUUUCACGUGCUUAUGUUUGUAUAUGUUGAUGCAGCCUAUUUAAAAAAUUUGUUCUUGCUAAAAUGAUAUUAGUUUUAUUUGUAUUUAAAUACAAUGAGCUUGUUGUUGAAAUAUCAUGUUUGUCCUAGUUUUGCGAAAUUACAAUCACACUGCACUGUGUAUGUAAGCAGCAGUGUAAUCAGACUGUAUGUAAUUAUUAAAUUAAAACAUUUAAAAUAAAUUUGUCUUAAAACUUUAA